CUUUCCUGAGUUGAGGAGGAUGAAGUGAGAGGCUGGACGCCAGCAGCUGUAUGAGUGAGUAACAAUAGCAGACAGAGGCUGGUAGUGAACACAGGACAGGAUGAUAUCUUAAUUAGAAGUUUCUAUAAUUGUCUCCUGUACUGGAUGUUUAUUUUUUUCUAGGUAUAAAACCAACAGUUGUCUUCACUGCUUUGGUUAUAGAUGUUAGUUUUGUGAGAAGAAAACUAGUUACUUUGAGAAAAAAUGGAUUUGGUCAUCUUAUAUAAUGUUUGUUGAAGAUAAACAGGAUAUUUUGAACUUCUACUACAAAAGAAAACAGUUUAAGUCUUUUAAAAUUUUAAGGUAAAACAAAUAUUUUUCUAUAUAGUGAUUUUUAGAAAUGUCUGUUUAGCUACGAGACAGAAGGACAUUAUUACUUCACAUCAUCAUGCUGCUGGCUCUGCUUCUGGUUCUGAGUCUUUGCUCUAACGCUCGCUCCUCCGAGCCGUCAUCGAUAACUAUCCAGUACCGGGUUUGGGAGGAGCAGCCGACGGGAACUCGGGUCGGCCGUCUGGUCGAUGACCUCCGGCAGAGGGACGAAGGCGGUUCUCUGGAGGAUUUCCAGGUGGUGGAGCACGGAAAAGCCCUUCCCUUCUCCGUCAGCACUCGAGACGGGGUCGUCUCCACCCAGGGUCGGCUGGACAGGGAGGAUCUGUGCCGUGGGUCGGAUCUGUGCGAGCUGGCCUUCAGCGUCCUCUACAGGAAAAGUGGUGCCGUGAACUGUUUGCGGGUACGUGUGGAGGUGAUGGACCUGAAUGACCACAGUCCCAACUUCCCCAGCACGCUGCAGGAAGUGGAGAUCUCAGAGACGGCUGGCCUCAGAAUGCGAAUCCCUUUGGACCGGGCCAUUGAUCCUGACGCAGGGCCUAAUAGCCUCCAAACCUACUCGCUGUCCGUCAACCAACACUUUGCUCUGGAUGUGACAGUCGCACCAGGAGGGACAAAGCAGGCAGAGCUGGUGGUGAUCAAAGAACUGGACAGGGAGGUUCAUGCCACAUUUGACCUUACCCUGGUUGCAUGGGAUAAAGGGAAUCCCCCCAGGUCCGGGAGCACAUUGGUACGUGUUAAUAUUCAGGAUUCAAAUGAUAACAGCCCUGUGUUUGAGGACAGCACUCCCACUGUGGAGCUAUCUGAGGACACAGCCCGUGGGACAACCAUCAUCAACCUCAAGGCCACUGACCCAGACCAGGGUGCCAAUGGGGAAGUGGAAUAUUCCCUCAGUAAGCACACACAUCAAGAUGUUCAGAGGCUCUUCUUUGUGGAUCCAAAAACUGGAGCUGUGAGUCUCAAAGCACCUCUGGACUAUGAGGCCCAGGCCUCUUAUGAAGUAAUCAUACAGGCCCGUGAUAACGGGCCAAAUGCGAUCCCCACGCACUGCAAACUGCACGUCAAGCUUAGAGAUGUAAACGAUAAUGCACCAAGGAUACACAUGACCUGGACCCCACCCAACUCACCUGUGUCGACUGUGCUGGAAGGAGCACUCGAGGACACCUUCCUUGCUCUGGUGAUGGUCUCUGAUGCAGAUUCAGGAGAAAAUGGCAAAGUGAGAGCACAAAUUCAGCAAGGAUCUGGCCCUUUUCGCCUUAAACGUAUCCACGGUGACAAUUACAUGAUUGUAACAAAUGGCAGUCUGGAUCGAGAAGUGGUAAUGCAGUAUAAUAUCACUCUCCUCGCCCAGGAUUAUGGAGAUCCCCCCCUCUCUUGUGUUAAACACCUGUAUGUCCAUGUUCUGGAUGAGAACGACAAUGCCCCGAUGUUCUCCACCUCCCUCUAUAAGGCCUCCUUCAAGGAGAACAACAUGGCAGGCUACCACGCUCUCAAAGUUGAAGCCCAUGAUGUCGACUUGGAGUUCAGCGGCAGAGUUUCCUACUUCAUACGCAACCCCAAUGAAGUGGAAACUAGCCCACUGUCUUUCUCCAUCCACCCGACCAGUGGUGUCAUAAGUGUCCAGCAUCCUUUAGACUACGAGGAAUCCCACAGCUAUAAUUUAAUGGUGGAGGCCGUUGACCAGGGUCAUCCGCCUCUCACCAGCACGGCCUCUGUGCAAAUCGACAUUCAGGAUGUGAACGACAACUACCCAGUCAUCAAAGAGCCAAAACCCAGAAACGGUGUGGCUUCUCUAAGUGUACCUGUCAAUACAGACAAGGGGGAGAUUGUGACCGAGCUUGGGAAUGAAGUGGAAGAGGGAUCCACCCCUUUGCCAAUCAAUCACUUAGUCAGAGAGGGAUUUGUUGGAUUCCUUGCAUCCACCAUAAAGGCUGAAGACCCAGACUCGGGUCGGAAUGGACAACUCAGCUACCUCAUCGCUGAUGAAAACCCUUAUGGACUGUUCUGGUUGGAUCAGGCAACAGGCCAGCUGUUUGUUAACACCACCAAUGCUACUGAGCUAAUUGGGAAAACCUUUAAGGUGAACAUUGCUGUGUCUGACAUGGGCAGUCCCAGCUUGGCCACCAAGGCGACUCUGGAGGUGACUUUCAUCAAUCUCAAGGAUCAUCUGAAGAACUCGUCACCUGGUAACCGCGGACAGCUCAGCUUCACCAUGAUGAUGGCGAUCUGCCUGGGGGCCACCUGCCUGCUGCUUCUGUUGGCCAUCGCUUUGGUCACAACGUUCUGCCGCCCAGAGAAAAGGGACAGCCGGGCUUACAACUGCAGACAGGCCGAGUCAACCUACACCCGCCACCCGCGACGCCCACAGAAGAACAUCAGGAAGUCUGACAUCCAGCUAAUUCCUGUCAUCAGAGGGCGAAAGGAUGACCCUCCUGAGGAUGAUAGUGAAGCCCAGCCACUGGCCCCGCCUCCAAUGAUGUCAGACGAUCAACAAACUGAGAGGCAGUAUACCUUAACGCCAUCAGUCAUGAACACAAGCUUCCAUUCCCAAGGCUAUCAGGAAGUGGAUGCCACUCAACCUGCCACCCACCACUGCAGAACGCUUCGCAAACCUGGAAACAUAGAGCUUGAUGGCACGUUGCCUCUGACGCCCGCUACGUCAUACCGGACUCUUCGGAAAGCCAGGAACCCUUCAUCAUCUUCCUCGCUCUCACAAACGAGCACCUUGAAGCGGCAGACUCACGCUGUAGGGGAGGAGGUGGAAUCGUUAAGUUCAUCCCAGGCGACUCUCAGGAGGCCGAGGACAUCCGAAGGACGAGGGGGCCCCGACGCAGAACAUCGGCAGAUGCUUCGAAACCUGGUUCGACUGUCCAUGGCUGCGUUUGGAGACUCCAUCGAGCUUUCUUCAGCUUCCCCUGAAGUGCAGCAGAUCUCCCAGCUCCUCUCUCUCCUCCGGCAGGGUCAGCUGCAGCCCAGGCCCAACUUCAGAGGGAACAAAUACUCUCAUCGCAACGGCAGAUAUGGCGGUCAGGACUGUUCUGAUUGGCAGAGCACCAAAGACAGCGGACACGGUGAGAGCGAGGCCGGAGAUGUGGACUGGGAACCAGGAAGAGACUCGCCCAUAGACCCACAGCUGGAGGAGGGACUCAACAACCUGCUCAACAAUGCAGAUGACGUCUUCUCGGAGGUCAACGACCCGGCCUGGAUGGCCCGUCUCUCUCUGCCACUCACCGGUGAUUACCACGACAACGUUUUUGUCCCCACUGGGCCUCCGUCCCCUGAAAGUGAGCUCCUUCCCCGGGACGCCCUGGACUCCUCGUCCUUCUCCACCUUUGGUAAAACUUCAGAGAGCGAUGGCGCGCUGGGCGGGGCCCUCCUGUCUGAGGUCAGCACGCUGUUUGAGAUGCUGAUGACGCAGAAGGCCGACGCCCACCCCGGCCCGCGGCCCGACGUCCUGUACCGACUCUCUGCAGCGUACCGCCGCUCGCUGGGCAUGGACGGCACCGCCACGGCCGCCACGGCCGCCGCACCAAGGCACUCUGGGAACACUGAGAAGAGGUCGGGCCUUGCCGCACCCUCAGGACUUUAUCAAUGAGUGUAAAGAGUUCAACACUGGAAACACUCACAAGCUUCUGUGUUUGAGGAGGAUGUUGGGCUUUUAGAGGCAUUACGUGAUGAAAUACUUAAAUAUGAUUUGAAUGACUGUAAAUAAUGUAACAUUUUGUAGAAUCAGAUGUUCGCUAUAAAGGAUUUAUCGCUUUCAACACUUAUAGGAAGAGGAAGACACGAAGAGAGAUGGAGCGAACGUUAUCGUCUCAUUUUAUUAACAUGAAUUUGACGAAGUUUCAACUUCAUGCAAAUGUCCUCUGAUGCAACUGAUUCUAACUAAAUGGAGAGAUUUUUUCUUAUCAUCUUAAUUCUCCACACGAUGAUGCUACGUCCACAAUGUGUGCGACAAAAGCAACACGAUUGCCAAACCUGGACAGUUGCGUCGUCACAAGUCGCCCGUGUUCACGUCAUGAUGUUGUUAAAUACGAAUACGUUGUUCUCCGAAACAAAGACAUACUGUAUGAUUAGUUGAUGCUUCACUAAUGAAAGAAGUUGUGUCCAGCUCAAUUCUGAUUGGUAGCGUUAAGUGUUUGUAGCUUCAUGUUUCCAGCUGCCAAUGAAAAUGACUUGUAGCCUGUUUGUAGACUAUAACGAGCCACCGGGACGUAAGCGAUGCAGGAACACACAUCACUACUUCUCAGCGCUAACACACCUCACAACUACACACUCCACCACAAACACUCUGCUGAUCAUCGAGUUAUUCACAGAGCUUACUCUCAAACAUCAAAUGUCUCAAAAGCUAAAGAUGUCAGGUGUGUAAAUAUCAUUUUAACCUGAAGUGUAGAUGUUGAGAUGUUUCACUUUGGACCAACAUCCUCAGAUGUAAGAACACAGAUGUGUUGAAUGAUGCAGCAAAACAGGAAGCACCCGACACUAUGAUUCAGGUUUAAAUAAAACACAAGGUAGUAUGGUGGACAGAGAAACUGAAAGACAAGUAGGGAGGUAGAGGAGGAACGACCCACGGAGGAAAACAGGAAGUUAAGGCAGGAACUUCCAUCGCAGUGGAGACGAACAUCCUCGGUGUACCUGAGAGUUGAACAUGUGUCUGGUUUCCUUGUUAUCUCGAUCCGGGCCGGACGGAUGAACCGUCCGCCAGGACGUAAUAUACUUGGCUAUACUUUCGUGUUUUGGCCGGCAGAAAGCGAGCCGGCGACCAGAAGGAAAUGUUGCAUUGUCUUUUUGUUUGUCCUCAAGACUAAACAGAAACGAGCUGAAUGCAGGAAGAAAGGGUUUGUUGACAGUAGAGCAGCUCCGUCUGCAUGAAACUGAAAUCCACCCUCUGACAGUAAAGCGGUUCAGGAUGAUUCUGGAAUAGAAACGGAUGAAUUAUAAGUAAUAACUCUCUUAAGUUAUCGGGUUAACUUCUAUCCAAAGUCGUCUUAUUAUUUGUUUCACUGUAUUUUGAAAACCAUAUGAACAGCACUUUGUACAUAGUUGUUUUGUAAAACAUUUUGUAUCAAGAAAACUUUUGUGAAACAUUUUCAUUGAAUCAGUUUUGUAAGUUUUUCAAUAAAGUGUGUUUCAUGUUUAAAGUGAA